GUGACUUGAGCCUCCUGUAAAUGGAGCCUAAAGUAACUUGUCUUUUUAUAAUGAUAAUGCUUAAACAUUACGAUUCCAUCCAUUGAUAAUACUACUUAACGAUAUGAUUCUCUGUGGUCCAUCAUAUGCUAGACAAUAAUUAGUCUCUUUUAUGACUAUAAAAUGCCAUUUUACCCAUCUUUGCAUUCCUAAGCUAAGAGCUAACAUAUCAUCAAAGUAAUCUUAAUUGGCAAUGGCUAGCAAGGUCCCUUUCUUGACUAUGAUUAUCAUACUUUCUGCAGUUUCCUCAGGAAACUCACUGAGCUUGAACCACUAUGAAAAGUCAUGCCCUAAUGUUGAGUUCAUUGUUGCCAAAGCAGUGAAGGAUGCCACAACUAGGGACAAAACAGUUCCUGCAGCACUUCUGCGAAUGCAUUUUCAUGACUGCUUCAUUCGGGGAUGUGAUGCCUCUGUGCUCCUAAAUUCAAAAGGAAAGAACAAAGCCGAAAAAGAUGGACCACCAAAUAUUUCUUUGCAUGCAUUCUAUGUCAUUGAUGCAGCAAAGAAAGCAGUAGAAGCUUCAUGCCCCGGUGUGGUUUCUUGUGCUGAUAUUCUUGCUCUAGCAGCAAGGGAUGCAGUUUUUCUGUCUGGAGGACCUACAUGGGAUGUUCCUAAAGGAAGAAAGGAUGGUAGAAUAUCUAAGGCCAGUGAAACAAUAAAUUUACCAGCACCAACUUUCAACAUAUCACAAUUGAAGCAAAGCUUCUCUCAAAGAGGUUUGUCAACAGCAGACCUAGUAGCUCUGUCAGGUAAGCUAUUAAGAAAGUAAAAACCAAUUACCAUUUAUUACAAUUUACAUAUUAACAGAGUUUAAAGUAACAUGUCUUUCAACCCAUGCAUAGGAGGACACACUUUAGGUUUCGCCCACUGCUCAUCCUUCAGCAAGAGAGUCCAUAAUUUUGAUGCUACACAUGAUUGGGACCCUUCAAUAAAUCCAUCAUUUGCAGUGCAACUGAAAUCAAUUUGUCCUUUGAAAAACCAGGCCAAAAAUGCAGGCACCAUUAUGGAUCCUUCUUCAACAAGUUUU